CCCGACAACGCCAGUUCGACGACAACGCUCGUGAUGAAGCAGACGCUGCUACGCGACUCGGACAUGUCGGACUUGACUCCAAUGCUUGAGUCUAGCCGCUCCACAAUAUGCGAUCCAGAUACGCUGCUCCGAUCGCCACCGCUGGGCCCCACGCCAUUGAAGCGGGUGCGUGAAGAUGCCGCCUUGCGCUCGUCCACGGCGGUCGACCCUGCUGCCGCCGCCGACAGCUUUCGGCAAUCGUCUCGCGGUGCAUCGGCGCAUCAGCUUGCGAGCUUUGGCGUGGUCCAGGACACUGACAAGGCGGCGGCGGUGGCGCCGUCGUCGGAGCAGGACGCGACGGCUGCUCGCCGCGGGUUUGUACGCAUUUACUUUGAAAACUCCAACUUUACAUCGAGCACGGUGCUGCGUGUGGAAGAGCAAACCAGCGUGUUGGAGCAUACCUCUUUACACGUAGGUGCGGCACAUUAUGGCCAACAAGAUGCGUCUGUCGUUAAAGCAAGUCGCGCACCACGCGAUUCUCAUGCUGUACGUCAAUAGCAAAGGGUCGUCCAUGUCGGCUCGAACGCUCCACGACAACGAGUGUAUCUACCAAGUGCAAGAAGCUAUCCAUUCUGAGCGCCAAUCGACCCCAGAGAUCGUCGUUAAUGAAACGUCUGGACCGGUUCGGGCCAAGCCGCGGCAUCGGGCGCGGCAGACGCUCAAGUUUAUCUUCAAAGACAUUCGCGGCAAGCCAAUCGAUUUAGAAGCCGAGCUCGAACUCACGCCCAACUACUCGAAUUCUACAACAACAACGCUCAGUCAAUAUGGCAGCCACGCCGCCCACCCGCGCAACACGACCAUGUCCCAGGACACAGUGUUCCUCUUGCCCCAGAAACUCGGCCUUGGUCUUCGGGCCGGGCCGUUGAAGAAGGCGAGCGUCAAGGACGCCAAUGUGUGGCGGUCGAGAUGGUUUGUCUUGAAAGAUGACAAGCUCUACUAUUGCAAGAGCGAGGCCAAUCAACGAGAUGUCACGGCCAUCCCGCUGCUCAAUGCGCACAUCGUCAAGCAAGACGCGCUAGUGCCGCACUGUUUUGAAUUGCACACAAGUCGGCGCGUGUACAGGUUUUGCACCGACACGGACGACAUCAUGAUGGCGUGGAUCCAAGCGCUGCACCGAGAAAUCCGACUCGCGGCAGAAAACCAAGUGCUCACCAAGGCCGAAAUCUUCAUCGUCGACGAGGCCGUGACGACGUGCGAACGCAAGCAAGAGCGCGCGCCGUUCGCCGUGAGCGGCAUAUUGGGGUACGCGGCCCUUCGCAAGAUGUUUCGCGACUUCAUGACGUCCGAGUCGAUGGCGAGUGUGAUUUUGCUCGAUACAUGGGCCGAGUGCGACCUCUUUCGACGCAACGGGCUCGUGCGCUUCCAGCAAGCCGCGUCCAGUGCUACCAACGCCACCGACGAAUGGGAUCACGUCAAGCGCCUGCUGCUCCAGUACAUUCCGGCAGCCCAACAAGCCGGCGCGCAGCUCCAGGCCGCCGACCUCGACUCGUGUCGACAGUCGAUGCACGACAAUCAAAAGCACCGCCGGCUUUCGAUAGCCAUGGACAGCAGCACCCACGUGACGGACUUCCCAUCUCCGAAUUUGUUUGUCAACAUCCAGCAAGACAUUCUCCGCGCGUUGGACGAGGGGCCGUUCCAACGAUUCAUUGCUGGUCGUGGCUACACGCGUAUUAUUGACCGCACGAUCCGAAGAUAGUCGCUAUAUAACGAGUUUGAAAACCAAGUCUACAAACAUAAC